CAAAGUUUUUUUAGUCUUUCCGCGAUAUUUCGACAGUCUCUCAAGAUAUUUACAGAUAUCACUGCAAGACUUAUUAGACAAAGAUCUGUGAAGGAUCAUUGAAACACAAACAAAAAUCCAUUGAAAGAAUUGUGAAAGACUACUUGUUGCAUAAAAGAUCUCUGAAAUACUUUCAAAAGAUAUCUAUAGGACUUGUCUAAGUCCUGUAUGACAACAAUUAUCAAUCAGUAUUUACGAGUUCUUUGAUGGAUCUUUCUGAGCCAUUCCACAGAGAUAACAAAUUCCAGUGAUCUUGGAGUUGUAAGACCUAGACAAUUUUUGGUCUUUCAAAUGUCCCCCUCUGUUGAAUGGGGGCCUAAAAAGGAAUUCUUUGAGGCAUUUUGUAAUCCUAUUGGUCAUUUACAAAAUAAUUUGUUAUAAAAUGGUAAAGAGUAAUAUUUUGGUCGUGCAUUCGCAUGUGUACAGCGAUGCAUUUGACUAUCCCCCCCCCCCCCCGGUACCUGUGGCACAUCCUAAUGUCAAAACUGUAUCUGAAUCCAGUUGGCUUCAUUUCUAAGUUAUAAUAACUAAAUGUAUUUUAAACCAAAGAAUUGCGGUUUGUAACGUUUAUAUAAUUUUUCAUGAUAAUGUGAAUGUCUGUGGAUCAAAAUUUUGUUUACUCUUCGUGUGGGGUAGUAGAUGUCUGUGAUUCGAACAACCGUCUGUUUCCCGCCGUCUAGUCUGUUUCAUUGUCAGGAGACGAAUCACGUGGGGAAUGGGGAUUCCCCACUGUUGUUGUUAAUGAACUUUGCUUUUUGAUAUGCCCUUGGCGAACUUACACGCAAUCCAUGUUCAAAUACUGGAGCAGUUUAUACGUCAGACGCCAUAUUUAUGAUUCGUUUUAUCACUGGCAUCAUUCCAUGAAGAGAACCUGAUUUUAAUAUUAUUGGAAUUAACACUAAAAUGGCGGAUUCGAUGUUAACUUCUCUCCACAUCUAUCUACCAGUACUAUUGGUGUUGUGUACCCUAGCAACGUGUAAAUGUGAGGUUCCUGAAGAGAACAUAACUGGCUGGCUUGGGCAUGAUGAUGUACGACUACCUUGUAACUUUACUCAUCAAGAUGUAAUAGUUGCGUUGUACUGGUCUAAAGAGAAAGACCCAACCAAGGCUGAAGAGGAAGACUCAACCAAGGCAUCCUAUUUUAAAAAGCAACUGAAUAGCUUGGAGGAACGGUUCACUUUGAAUGAAGAUUUUUCUCUGUCCAUCAGUGACCUUCGAGUAGCGGAUGAAGGGAGAUACCUUUGUCAAGUUGAGUUCGAAUCAGACAGGAGUCUGUUAAAAUACCAGACACUGAUCGUGUACGCGCGAGUAUCAACUCCCGAAAUCGAACAAUGUGACCACAAAGCAACUGGAAACGAAUCCCAUACUUUCUGUUCCAUGAGGACCCCCAACACCCAUCCCUUUGACCUUACCUGUCGGGCAACCGGCUUCAAACCGAACGUAACCCUGCAGUGGAUGUCUUCAGUGGAUACGAUGCAGUCAAAUACAGAACCUUACCAGAUGAAGACACUUUCUGAUGGGACGUUGGAGCAGAAGAUUACGAUCAUCGUCACUGCCCAUCCAGACAUGGAUCAGUCAUACACUUGCACGGUGAACGGCGAGGCAACAAAUGGUACAGAGCGGUCAUCAACAAUUACGGUGCGAUUUGAUCCAGAGAAGUUUCCAACGCAAUUCAUCAUCAUAUUUAGUGUACUCGGGUUCUUCAUUCUGAUCGUUUUCAUAGCCAUCAUAACUGUUCUUUGCAGAGGAGCUACAACUCGCACUAUUGAAGAACUGCGAAAAAGUAUCAAGGACUAUACCUUGAAGAUACCGGGCAGUGAUGACAAAGCAACAGCAAAAAUUGGCUUGUAUGGUGAGAUGGGAGCGGGCAAGUCUACUUUCAUCAAUUCCAUCGAGUUUGCGUACAACGGUGAACGAAGCCAGCCUACUGGGGCAAGAGGAGAUACAGCUGGAGGGCAUAGUAUAAUUCGAAGUUGCCUUCCUCUCACUGACUAUAUCAGUCUGUUCGACAAUCGUGGCAUGAGAGACUUUUCUCUCUCAUACGUUGACAAGUAUAUGAAAGAAAUAAGUGAUGAAAGAGAAGCCGGAACACAAACUCGACUUCUUGAUGAAGAGAUUCACUGCGUCGUAUUUGUAUACAGACAUAGUGAUGCAAACAAGAAGCAGGAAGCUGAGAGGUUCCUAGAAAAAUUCUCAACACAACUUCGCCAGUAUUUUGGCUACUCUGCAUUUGUUGUCGUGACCCAUGCUGACAGCUUGUCAAAAGAAACAAAGGCAGACCUAAAGGAAACGUUCUCCCCAAACUGCGAUAAGCUGUGGUUCCUUGAAAACUACACAGACGACACCGAAGAUAAAGAGAAGAGUAUCAGUUUUUUGAAGUUUUUGAAAGCAGCUCUUCAUCGCUGUGACGUUGCCAUAGUAAACAUUGAGAGGCGGAAGACACAAUGGAAGAAGAAGUGGUUUUUUCAAAGGUGGUUGGGUUGGUGAGCACC